CCACCUACGUUCGACGACCGCAUCAAGGGAACUCCUCUCGGCGAAGCCUUAUUCACCCACGAAUACUCAGUCGACGAUAAUUCCAAAUACGAUUGCUUCAUAUCACAAAUCAUCAUGGCAGGCUACAACAAUAGACCACUAAGUUUCUCUGAGAGAAGGGGGAGCAUGCUCAGCGACGACAUGACGCUCAACACUGGAUCCAGUUCCAGCAGCACCAGACUCGAGAAGAUGCCUCAAAGGCCGGGGCACAUCAGAGGACCGCCCACACCCAGCAUGACUACUCCUGCUGCAGACUUCGAUCAGCAGUUGACGGGCUCGCCACCUCCCCCGCCCACACCAGCUGCCUCGCCAGGCCCCUCACAUCAUCAACUCGACUGGAGCGAUGCCGCCGACGACGAAGAUUUCUUUCUUGCCAAAGUGCGCCAUCACUUCAAGAACUCUGGCGCCCCUCACCGUACUCGCCUCCUGGCCGAUCUUCUGAACAUGUGCACAAGUCAACAGCUGAGCUUCGUUCACCAGUUCGUCAGCCCUCUUCUCAAGAAGGAUCCAUUCACGAGCCUUCCAGAUGAGCUGUGUUUACGCAUUCUCUCAUUUAUAGAUGACCCCAAGGUCUUGGCCCGUGCCUCGCAAGUAUCCCGGAGAUGGAGAGACUUGUUGAGUGAUGACAUGACGUGGAAGAACCUUUGUGUUAAGCACGACUACGGCAGACGCCUGUCUGAAGUUGCUUCAUCGAUGGGCAGCGGAUCUCGACCUGGUGCCCAGCCUCUAUGGGGAGACGACUACGCCAGCAGCAGUUUCCCAGGUGCGUUGCCUAUGACGGCUCAUGCUUCUGGAUCCCGUAGUCUUGAUGGGACCGGCAAUUCAAGACCCAAGAUGAGGUCUUAUAAAUCGCACUUCAAGCAGCGAUAUCUCGUCGAGGCUGCCUGGAGAUCCGGUGGCACUAGCACCACUAGGAACAUCACUCAGGAAGGUGGUGUAGUUACGAGCUUGCACUUGACACCCAAGUACAUUAUUGUGGCCCUUGAUAAUGCCAAGAUCCACGUCUUUGAUACCAAGGGCAAUCAGCAACGCACUUUACAGGGCCAUGUCAUGGGUGUCUGGGCGAUGGUUCCUUGGGAUGACAUUCUCGUCAGUGGUGGGUGCGAUCGUGACGUGCGGGUAUGGAACUUGGCUACAGGUGCUUGCCUCCACACGCUCCGUGGACAUACAUCAACGGUUCGGUGUCUGAAGAUGUCUGAUGCAAACACGGCGAUUUCGGGCUCGCGCGAUACGACGCUUCGAGUAUGGGAUAUUCGCACCGGUUUAUGCAGAAACGUUCUUGUCGGCCAUGGCGCUAGUGUUCGAUGCCUCGAGAUCAAGGGAGACAUCGUCGUGUCAGGCAGCUACGACACCAUGGCGAAGGUCUGGAGCAUAUCUGAGGGCAGGUGCAUCCAGACACUCCAAGGUCACUUCAGUCAGAUCUACGCCAUUGCCUUUGACGGCAAGAGAGUUGUCACUGGCAGUCUCGACACCAAUGUCCGCAUCUGGGAUCCCAGGACAGCUGAAUGCCUGGCUAUCCUGCAAGGUCACACCUCCCUCGUUGGUCAGCUGCAGAUGCGUGGAGACACCCUCGUUACAGGCGGCUCAGAUGGGUCAGUGCGAGUUUGGUCACUGGAGAAGAUGUGCCCCAUUCAUCGGCUUGCGGCUCACGAUAACAGCGUGACCAGCCUGCAGUUUGAUGAUACGAGGGUCGUCAGUGGUGGAAGUGACGGCCGGGUCAAGAUCUGGGAUCUGAAAACAGGUCACCUGGUCAGAGAGCUCAUUGCUCAAGGAGAGGCAGUCUGGAGGGUGGCUUUUGAAGAUGAGAAGUGUGUCGCUCUGGCUUUGCGACAAAACCGUACCGUCAUGGAGGUGUGGUCCUUCUCUCCUCCGGAAGAUGUUCUUUACGACCGUCCACUCUCUCUUCAACAGCGAGUCCUUCAGGAGGCGCCCAAUCGACCCUUGAGCGCCAUGCAGCUCGACUAUAGACAAACGCAGCCCACUGUCGCUGGGUCCAGUCGAGAAGCUGCUGGAAGUCAAGAUGUUGACAUGAGAGACGCUGGUCCUUCUACAGCCCCACUUCAGGGCGGUAACAAGACUUUCUUCCAUGACGACUAG